AUGAACUCCAACUCACCCUUAUUACCCCAAAACGCUAGGUCCAAGGGAUUUUCACUGGUUCGAUCGAUUUCGCGCGAUACUGCAAUCAUCUUGAAAUCGUCUCCUGUCAAUUAUUUGAUUGUUUUCGUACCCUUGGGCUUGGUGUUUGGGUUUGCUAACUUAUCAGUGACUUGGACGUUUAUCCUCAAUUUCGUGGCGAUCAUUCCGUUGGCUGCUAUCUUGGCUUUUGCCACGGAAGAACUGGCGGACAAAGCGGGAUCCACAUUGGGUGGCCUUUUGAACGCUACGCUAGGAAAUGCCGUUGAGCUUAUUGUCUCCAUCAUUGCGCUCUACAAUAACCAAAUCACCAUCGUUCAAGCAUCUAUGUUGGGUAGUAUUUUGUCCAACUUACUAUUGGUGCUUGGAUUCUGCUUUUUGGCAGGUGGUUACAACAGAGUGGAGCAAAAUUUCAAUCAGACAGCAGCUCAAACCAUGUCUUCGCUCUUGGCCAUCUCAUGUGCCUCGCUGCUGAUUCCAGCCGCCUUUCGUGCCUCGUUGCCAGAUGACAAUAAGAAACAAGACCUGUUGAUUAACAGCAAGAUUCUGAGCCUUUCUAGAUCGACUUCUAUUGUCUUGCUUAUCGUAUAUGUGUGUUUCUUGGUGUUCCAACUUGGUACCCACCACAACCUUUUCGAGCAGCAAGUAGAUGAAACAGAGGAGGUUUUGGAGCAGCACCCAAAGCGUUCGACGCUUUCUGUCAAGUCCUCUAUAAUCUUCUUGCUCAUCACCACUGUGCUCGUAUCUGUCUGUGCGGAUUUCCUUGUUGGCAGUAUUGACCAUGUUGUGGAGACAUCUGGCUUAUCCAAGACUUUUAUUGGUUUGAUUGUCAUCCCCAUUGUGGGCAAUGCUGCGGAGCAUGUCACAUCCGUGAUUGUUGCCACCAAGAACAAAAUGGACCUUGCCUUGAGUGUUGCUAUUGGGUCUUCGCUGCAGAUUGCGCUCUUCGUGACUCCUUUCAUGGUUCUGGUUGGAUGGGUCAUUGGCGUUCCAAUGACGCUCAACUUCUCGACUUUCGAAACUGCCACGUUAUUUAUUGCUGUGUUCCUGUCAAACUACUUGAUCUUGGAUGGCUUGUCCAACUACCUCGAGGGUAUUAUGUCCAUUGCAAUGUACGUCUUGAUCGCACUUGCCUUCUACUACUAUCCCGAUGAGCGUGCAAUGGCUGCAACUUCGAUUUGA